UCACCAUUCUGCGACAGGAAAGGUAACCAUGAAGGACACUAGAGAUGGAUAACCAAUGAAAUUUCAAGAGGCACAUGGCAAGUUUGGUCUUAAUAUCCUGAUUUCCCUGUAGUGCUCAGAAGACAUGGCUGUACUGGAGUACUGAUACUGACAGCAUGGCGACAGAGGCUUCAGUGGCCUCAGCUGGUCAGCCUCAAAUUCAAGGCCCUACUCAGUUCGACCUCUACUACUGGCUCCGCUCAUUUGUAGCAGGAGGUGUAGCAGGAUGUUGUGCCAAGACCACCAUUGCACCUCUGGAUAGAGUGAAAAUCUUACUUCAAGCUCAUAAUCCUCAUUACAAACACUUGGGGGUUUUUGCUACUCUCAGGGCUGUGCCAAAAAAAGAGGGCUUCCUUGGUUUGUACAAAGGGAAUGGGGCAAUGAUGGUGAGAAUAUUCCCAUAUGGAGCCAUUCAGUUUAUGGCCUUUGACAACUACAAGAAGUUCCUUAGUACAAAGCUUGGUAUAUCUGGGCACAUUCACCGACUUAUGGCUGGUUCUUUGGCAGGAAUGACUGCAGUCAUUUGCACUUAUCCUCUCGAUGUGAUCCGAGCUCGUUUAGCCUUUCAGGUGACUGGCGAGCAUCGCUACACUGGCAUAGCAAACGCCUUUUACACCAUCUACCUGAAGGAGGGUGGCAUCUCUGGAUUCUAUCGUGGAUUAACACCAACCAUCAUUGGCAUGGCUCCCUAUGCAGGAUUUUCCUUUUUCACAUUUGGGACACUGAAGAGUCUGGGGCUCCAUCACUUCCCUGAGCUCUUGGGCAAACCAUCCCUCGACAAUCCUGAUGUCCUGGUUCUGAAGACUCAUGUCAACUUGCUUUGUGGAGGGAUCGCUGGGGCUAUCGCUCAAACUUUAUCGUAUCCUCUGGAUGUUGCCCGGCGGAGAAUGCAGUUAGGAGCAGUGCUUCCUGACUCUGAUAGAUGUCUUACCCUGACAAACACCCUUAAGCAUGUGUACAGUCAGUAUGGGAUUACAAAAGGACUCUACCGUGGCCUUUCCCUCAACUAUAUCCGCUGUGUACCAUCCCAAGCUGUUGCCUUCACUACAUAUGAGUUCAUGAAGCAAGUCCUGCACUUAAACUAGAGGAGCAGCAGUUAGUGAUCCUCAGCUCCGUGGCAACAAGGUUUCAACAAGCUUCUGGGAGCACUUCUUGUACAAUCUGGUGACCAAUUCCACCAACUCCAUCUCAGGCAACCUUUAGCUUGGAGCAACAGCCAGUUUCUCACUUAGUAAUUGAAGCAUUAGUCUGUUUUUAUGUGGUUUUGUCAAUGCCAUAACUGUAUGUGAUCUAAUCACAUGAUGGUUGCACUGAACAAUCUACUUUAACCAGUCAGUAUUCCACCAUCUCACAUGUCUUGUGUGAGUAAAACAAGUAAUACACAAUAAGUCUUUCUUCUGUCUGCUGUGUAUAUCUAAGUACUGCAUAUGUGAGCAUGUCAAAGCUAUAUUCCACUCUAAAUUCUGAAAGCGAAUAAGGAUCACAAACGUAUAUCACUGGAAUCACCAUAAGGAAAAUGGCCUACAUAAGAACUAGCUCUGUAAUAGUAGUAUUUGUCAUGUGUCAGUCUCAUGUCUCAGAUUGACAUUGGAUUGCCGCCUUCUGCUUACGUGAUAUUCCAAAUCUCCCUUUAUGUUGAUUGAUUGGAAUGAUGUGUAUUCCUAUUGAAAAAGCUGAUGUUUAUAUAUAAUUCCCCCCCCCCCCUCCCCCUUGCUAACAACAGAGGUAAUCGGAUCAGUUAUAUAAAGGAACACCACUGCAUUGUUAGCUUUGUUUCUGUUAGUUGUUAUAGUGGUGAUUGUCAGGAAGCCCCAUGAUGCUUAUCUUUCCAGAUCCUUGAUUGAAAAAUCCUUUGUCUUAGCAUUUUCAUCUUUUAGCUCACCUGGAGGCUCCAGUGAAGUCCACUUGGACAGCCAUUUUAAGCGGGUGGGGCUAUUAAUUUCAGCCUCAGUAUGGGGAAACAAAACGGCCAACAACUAUACACAUCACACUUUUAGACCUCUGUUUUGACUUCUCAGCUUCUCAGAUAUUUAGGCAUAUGUCUCAAGAGUCACUCAGAUUUACCCUUGAGCUGAACCAGCACUUUAUCAGUGAUUUGCUUGUAAACCCCAGGGUAUUGUCCUGGAUGCACUACACAUGCCUUUAGCAUACAGCUGCUGUUCUCUCUAGCAUAAUGUGUGCCUCUGUUUGUUGUCUGUGGCUGGAGGGAAGUAACUAAUUUGAGACUUGCCAUAUACACCACUGUUUAGUCAGGAACAUGACUCAUUGAUGUGGGGGAGCUUGUGCAAUCAUUGAUAAUGUGCUCGCUGUUUUGAUGUACUGGGAUUCACUUUUUAAAAUUAUUUAAAUCAAAUGGUCACAGUGGCAUCAUUUUUGCAUGGUAUAUUUUGGAAAAAUGUGCUGAUGUAAUUAUAUUUCAAAGAUUGAGAAAGUAAUUUUAGCCAUUUGAAUGUAUUUUAUUUGUAAGGCAGAGUCAAGUUUGAAUUUUGUCAGAAAAUAAAUUUCAUUGGUAUUGAACUACUGCUCAGUAAAAAUGACUUUUUUACUUUAUAAUGUCAUGCCUUUUGUCCUGUGCUUACAUCAAUUAAAUGUACAUUUUAUUUGAAUAAAACAUUGUGAUAUGUGUAGAUUUGUGAAUAGUGCAUGCUGUUAAUCGUCCUUUUCUUUGAGUCCCUCAUUUCAUGUCUCAGAUCUGAUGGCUUCCCAUUCCAAAAUGGAAUGCUAGGAUGACAAUGUUUAGCCAUUAGUCCUUGUCUGGGCCCAAAGUUAUUUAUUUAUUUAUUUUUAGAAUCAAAUGGAGUGAAACCAAUGUUAAUUUUUAUACGUUUUUAUUUAGUGUUCUUGUGAAUCUAAAAAUUUUUCUAGAUGUUUUCAGAACUUCUGUUGUUUUAGAUCCUGGUGUUCUCUUUUUGGGUAGCUGAUCAUGUGCAAGCCUUUCAUCUAAAGUAAGAAGGUUCCUAUAAUCGGAGAGCAGUUUGUGUGACACUGUGACAUUUUACGCUCUCAAUCGUGAUGUUUAGAAAAUGAUACAGGAAUCCACUUGAAUGCUAGCUGUUUUCCCCCCGUCAUGCGUAACAGUAUUCAAGUCUUAUGGUAACUUCCCAUCUGCAGGUCUUCAGAGUUCAGCUGAAUGUCUAAAAUCACAGGAGUACAUGUGAGAGAGCAGUAAUAUCAAAACAACACAACAUAUUCCACAAUUACACGUUUUGAGAGUAUCGUAUGUUUCAAGAUGAGUCAUUGCAAUUUGUUUACUGUUUUAUUGUUUCAUGCUGGACUGUAGCAUUAAUUAUUUCCUCCAUGUUGUCAUGUAUGCUCCAGGAUGUGUCUGGACUGAGAGCUCCUUUUUUACUUAUGUACUUUUGGCUCCCCCCCCAAGUUUUGUUUGUUUUUUUCUUCUCAUAUUUGUUUGGAAAAUGCAAAUGCAUAUGUUCUCAUCCCAUGUCCUGAUUCCAACAUGAUACUGUGGGUAUAUCAGGCACAAUGCAUGCUUCCCUUUAUAGUAGUGAGAGAAUGCAUUCUGGUUUCUUCCCACUUAUUUGCAUUUGCAUCAAGAGGUGGUGGCUUAUUUGACUAGUAAAUAUGUUGCAUACAAAACCCUCUUUGAGCUUGUUUUACACAUUUUUUCCUAUUUUACAUUUUUCCAAGUUAUAUGGCAAAUAAAGUUAUGAGCAAGACUUG